AUGGAUCCGUGCCCUUUUGUACGGAUCCUUGUUGGUAACUUAGCACUCAAGUUUCCUGUCUCGUCGAAACCCCCUUUGUUAAGUGUACAAUGUUUUUGCAAGAUCAAGCUCAAGAAUUUCCCUACUCAAAAAGCUACAAUUCCUUUAGUGAACAAUCAAAAACAACAAGAAAAUCAAAACCCGGAAGGCAAUUUUUUAUCGAAUUCCUUAGCAGCAUGUUAUAGUCUUGACAAGGCACAUAUUGAUAACUUUUUGUCUUGCAAGAAACCGAAGAGUUUGGAGAUUGAAGUAUACAGUAGGGACAACGGGGUUACUUGUGGAUUGAAAGAUGGGAAAUUGUUGGGAAAAGUGACUGUGCCAUUAGACAUGAGAAAGGCAGAGUCUAGGCCUUGUGUUAUGCACAAUGGAUGGAUUGAUAUUGGAGAAAACAAGAAAGGAGAAUCCACACAGUUUUAUUUGUGCGCUAGAGUUGAGCCUGAUCCAAGAUAUGUGUUUCAGUUCGGUGGGGAUCCUGAGUGUAGUCCUCAGGUUUUUCAAGUGCAAGGGAGUGUUAGGCAGGCUGUUUUCACUUGCAAGUUCAGUCUGAGGAAUCCUGGGGAUCGUAAUUUGGUUUCUAUGCCAUCAAUGACAGAACCAACCCCAUCAAGAAAUUGGCUACCCUCCCUUGGAACAGACAAAGAUCCAUCAGCAAAAGAGCGAAAGGGAUGGUCAAUCACAAUCCACGACCUAUCUGGAUCGCCUGUUGCAAUGGCAUCAAUGGUGACACCAUUUGUGCCAUCCCCAGGUUCAGACCAUGUUAGUCAGUCCAAUCCCGGGGCAUGGCUAAUUCUUCGCCCAUCAAACGGUGCUUGGAAGCCAUGGGGCCGCCUGGAGGCAUGGCGUGAUCGUCAUGCCAACGCUUUAGGAUACCGAUUUGAACUACUACAUGAUUCUGCUUCAGCCUCCCCUACCACCACCACACUAGUCAAUUCAGUCAUUAAUGCAAAAAAUGGAGGGAAAUUCACCAUUGACAUGACAAAAAGUGUUAGCACCCCAGUGAGCAGUCCACAUUCUAGUUGUGAUUUCGGAUCAGGACCAGGGUCUGGAUCGUGGUCCGGAUCCGAGUUUGGUCUUGGGUUGCUGUCCCCAUUGGUGUACAAAGGUUUUGUAAUGCAAUCAAGUGUCGACAAUGGAAAUGGGCAGUGCAGUAAGCCAGAGGUGGAGAUUGGGGUGCAACACGUGAAUUGCACAGAGGAUGCGGCUGCCUUUGUGGCCUUAGCAGCAGCUGUGGAUCUAAGUGUGGAUGCUUGUAAAUCCUUUACUCAUAAGCUAAGGAAAGAGUUGAGACCGAGUCAGAGUUUUGUCGUUUGA